ACGCCUGUUUUCGGAGCAGGAGUUGAAGAGGAUUGGUCGAACCAGUCACAAGAUAUUUCAUCUCGGUUUGGGGAAGUAAAAAAAACAACACAUUCAAAGCUUCGUCCCCGAGCAUCUGCAGUCUGGUCCGCGUCUGCUCUGUCAACAUGAGUGAAUCCCUAGUAGUGUGUGAUGUAGACGAAGCUCUCGUCGAGAAGCUGAAGGCAUUCCGGUUCCGCAAGGCCACCAACAAUGCAGCCAUCAUCAUGAAGAUCGAUAAAGAAAAGCAGCUGGUGGUUCUGGAAGAGGAAUACGAGGACAUUACUGUGGAUGACCUGAGGGAUGAACUGCCUGAGCGACAGCCCAGGUUCCUGGUCUACAGCUACCAGCUUCAUCAUGACGACGGGCGCGUCUCCUACCCGCUAUGCUUCAUCUUCUCCAGUCCCUGCGACUGCAAACCAGAGCAGCAGAUGAUGUAUGCAGGAAGCAAGAACAAGCUGGUGAAGACUCUGAACCUCACCAAGGUGUUCGAGGUGAGGACCACUGAGGAGCUGACCGAGGAGUGGCUGAAGGAAAAGCUUGGGCUCUUCUCUUAAGGUCGCCGUGGUAACGGAGGAAUGGAGACAGACCGCACAACCCGAGUCAAGUCCUUUUUUUUAUUUUUUAUUCUUCUUUAAAGAAGUGGGGCGCCAUGUUUGCCCCGAUGCUCGUUGUACCCCCCCCCCCCCCCCCUAACCACACAGAACAUAGGACAAUCAAUAUCUUUCACAGUCACGCGGUUCAUAAAAUGGUCUCGAUUACGAAACACCACACCAGUGGCAGAAGGUGCAUAAAAAACGAAACUAUUUCUGGAGAUGCUAUUUCAUGCAGACCUGCUUUCUAUUGUCCUUCUCAUCUAAUGUUUCCCUUGUGCCAGUGCAGUGCAGUCUGUCAUGAAACCACGCUCCUGGAUCAUCUCUGUAGGCCUUAGAACUCUCCCGGAUAAGGCUAGAGGCUUUGAACUCGACAUGGACUUAUCUUAAAUAAGUCCUGAACUAGCUGUCUCUUAAGUUUAACCCAUUUUUUAUUCACAAUGUUUUGGUUAUAAUUGGAUUAGUAAUGGCUUCUCUGGAUUAUUGAAAAAUAGAAUAUACUUCAUAUAGUUUGAAUUGAUUUAGGUUGCUUCCUCCUGACACGGUUGAACAAUCAUUGCUACAAUCAGAGAUGGAGGCUUUAGGUCCGUGGAUGUAGAAUGCAUCGAGUUCAUCCGUUUACAAGUAGCUCACCUGAGACGACAACCAACAAAAAGGAAAGAGGGAUUAUACAUACAUUAUACAUGUAUACUAAUAAAUCAAUGUACUGCUGCACACAAUGGAGCAGUACUAUUCAAAGUACACACGCAUAAUGUGUAUAAAUAUAUAUAUAUGAACAGCCUUGUCAUAUUGUAGAUUCUGACUGGUGCAUGCUGAAUAUGGUGUUAUUUACUAUGAUUGGACGGCGAGGAAUGACCUUUUAGGCCUACCAUUGACCUGUCUAAAUCUCGGUGAACUUUCUAUUCCAUUUCUACUGAAUCAUUCCUGAAAUGGCGUCCGUACCAUUUGAACAGCAGGACAGCCUUUUCCGUCAAAUACAGGGUCUACUCUUAAACUACCUUUGUACACCUGUCAUAGUGGAUGAUUAUGGGCCUUAUCCAACCGGCAGCCAACUUGGUUCUAAACUAUAGCUGGGUGGCGCAUUAAGUUCCCUCCACAUAGAUAGCAUUUAGAGCCAAGAUUGCCUCUAGUUGACAAAGGCCCAUAGCUAGUUUUUGUCGUUUUAAAUUAAUAUUGUGGUGAUCCAAACAUCACGUUUUUGUACUUGGAUUACAUUGUGCUUGUCCCAGCCUUGAGGUCAGUUUACCGAACACCGAUAUUCCUUUUUAGAUUGGGAAAUCAAACGCAAGCCUUUCUUUCAACUUGUGCACAAAGAGCUUAAGAGUGUCAGAUCACAGAGGCGUUGCGUACCCCCUGGGCCCCACCUGUUCUCGGCCUGUUUGUAGGCAACAGACUAAAAUGGAUUUAGCGGAGAUUUACACAAUAAGUGUGGCAUCAUGCUGUAACCCCCCCCCCCCCACAAACUUGCUGUUGCUUAUUUUUUAUCUGUUUUUUUCAUAUUUUGUAUUGAUGAGAAUCAGGAGGCCAAACUGAGGAAACAAACUGUAUUUUCUGUAACAAGAAUUUGGUUAAAAAAUAUAUCAAAGGUUUUUAUAUCAUGUUUGAUCCUUUUCUGAUUUAUUUUAUUCAUUAAAUGCAUUCGUUUUUGUUUUAUAAUUUGCAUUGGUUAAUCUCCAAUGGUCAAGGAGUUUUUUGUAAAUCACUGUCAAGAUCUCAACAGAAAGUAGAGGAGCUGAAAGCUCUUAAUCCAUGAGAUUGGGAUCGUUGCUCUCUGUAAAUCGUUGUUAAUUUCUAAUCUGAAAUUAAGAUCGACACCUUUCACAAUCCGGAAGCCUCCUUAAACAAAAUGCCAAAAAGUUUUUUUAAAUAAGAUAUUGAUUUGAUUGAAGGGAGGCUGCUUAAUGAUGAACUGGUGUGUUUUAUUGAAUAUGUGCAAUGUUUCAAACGAACCAAUACAAAAACGAGAAUUCCUUGAUGGUGAGGGUGGUAAACUACUGUACAUGGCUUCGUUUCCAUACAUGUAUGGUGUUUGAACGACAAGGGGGUGAGGCCAUGCAUUUGGUUUGAUCCUGUGGAUAUACAUAUUUUUCCAACUAAUCUAGUAUAUGUAGUAAACCGUACAAUAAAUGUACUUUGCAUUGAUGUCGGGCUUUUUUUCAUACUCAGACGAAUCGUCGACUUUUCCAAAAUUCCCCACCUGAAACAUAGCUGCCUCUUUGCAUCAGUGUAACUUGUGAAAUAUUAUUAAAUAUUCAUAAUUUGUACGAUGUCCAAUAUUCACCCAAUAAAAUAGUGAUGUAUAAA